AAAGUAAAGUAAUAUUGUUUUAUAAAAUAGACCGAAAAAGAUUGAAGAAUUGUUGGAGACACUUGACAAUUUUUAUUUGGAGAAAAAUCCUCGCACACCCACCAAUAGCAAUAAAUAUUUAUAAUAGAGUUUUUCUAUUUAUUGAGUUUGCAUAAUGAGUGAUUCUGAAUAUGAGGAAGAGGAGUUUUUGGUAUUUGCCGAUCUCAAUAAUCAAUUGUCUACCACUGAAUUGGCUGAAGAAAAACCGUCUAUUAAAAUAAUUGGGCUCGACGAGAAAAACCCGUUAGCGGAAAUAAAUGGCAACAUGUUUCGAGGUACUUACGAUUUCGCCAUGGGAACCGAAGUAUUUUUUGAAAAAGACUUGAACGCGCCUCCUUCGGAUCCCCUAUUUGAAGCUGUGUGUCGUCAAAAGUAUAAAGUGUUUGGGAAAACAAAUAAAGUGAUAAACUUCCAGCGAAUUUAUGUGGGAAAACCUGUAAACUCAGAUGAGAAUAUGGAUGAAGUUGGACAACCGGAUGAUGAGCAUUUAAAAUUAAAUAUGACCUAUGAAGAAGUUAUGAAGCAAUUUCCAUCUAUGAAGGAUUUAUAAAGAGGCUACAAAUUACAAUAUAUUUUGUUGAAAGUCAAUUUAAUGUUCAUUAUUCCUUUUGAAUGUUUGCGUUAUUUCUGUUUUAUAAUUUUAGAUAUUUUUCCAUUUA